AUGAUGUACAAAACCGUAGCUGUUCUAUUGGCUUGCCAAUUGGUCCUCGUCCUGGCCAGACCAAGCGCCCUAGAGGAGAAGAACGCCGAAGGACAAGACGUCAAGGAGCUGAUCGAUGAAUUAGGAGGACAAGGCCUUCCGAAAGAAACCAAACACGAAAAAGUCAUCAAGAAAACCGUAAUUACGACGGUGGAAGAUGAAGAACCGACUCUCGCCAACGACGCGCAACUCAAAGAAUUCAUGAAAGACCCCACCUUCGUCAGUGAGCUCAAAGACUUCUUGUUGCAAUUCCUCAAAUUGUUCAACUCGCUCAACGGAAGCCGCAAAUCCGGCUCGUCCAAAACAACCACCUCGACUAUGAUCAACGAAAACGAUGUCGACUUGCAAACUGUCCUGAAGAACCCAGCUUUCUUCGACUUUUUGAGCAACAUCUUCGGCGGAUCUUCGACCAACCAACAGAGCGGUCUCUACGGAAUCUUCUCCGACCUCUUCAACCGCAACCAACGCCCAUCAACCAGCGUCCACACCGUCACCACCGAAGAACACAUCAACGAGCACUCCAGACCCGUUGAAGUAGAGCCCGAAACUCACGUUACCAUUACCCACAUGGAAACCACCGGCAGCGAAUCCUCUUUGGACGAACGCUCCCCCGACGAAAUUCUCACCCACAUCACUCACGAGGAGCGCCUUGAAAUCCCAACUCCCGCCCCCACUCCGGCUGUAGUAGACAGAUUCGAGGACACCCACGUCACCAUCACCCACCUCGACGAGAACCGCCACUCCGGCGACGAGAUCGCCCACGACACCACCGCCGAGGAACUCCUGCAGCAGCUGAGACGCCACAACAACGCCAAGACGACGGUGCACCGCGAGGAAAUCGUCCGUCCGCCGGUGGCCCCGCACCGCGUCGUCAAAGAGGACUGGAGCGAGGUCCGUCCGGCUCCUUCCAAGAGGGUGGAGAGCAGCGAGGAGCUCGCCCAACAGGCCAAGAACGCCCAAUUCCAAUUCGCCACGCAAAUCGACGACCGCAUCAACGGCAACUUCCAGCAGAAGGCCGAGGUCAGACGCAACGGAGUCCUCUACGGUAAAUACUCCUACGAUGACGGUUACGUCUGGAGGACGGUCUAUUACGAGGCCGACGGCAACGGCUUCAGAGUUACGAGGGAAGAAACUCUACCCAGCCACAUGAGCGAGAGGACUGGUGAGGCCAGCGUUCAGACUUUGAUGGAUGGUAAUUUGAUCGAUUAUCACAUCACUGAGAGGGAUUAUCUUACCAAGAAGAACACUCCCGUUGGAAAAGCUUCCAUAUACUAA